AUGUGGUGGAUGAUCUUUUACUACUUUGGGCUACGUGGAUUGAGGCGUGACCAUUCUAAGGCACUUUCGUGGUUCUUGAAGGCAGUGGAGAAGGGAGAGCCUCGCUCCAUGGAGCUUCUCGGAGAGAUAUAUGCCAGGGGAGCCGGUGUUGAGAGGAACUAUACAAAAGCCUUUGAAUGGCUUACUCUAGCAUCUAAGCAUCACCUCUACUCUGCUUAUAAUGGGAUUGGUUAUUUGUAUGUCAAAGGCUAUGGAGUCGACAGCAAAAAUUACACUAAAGCAAAAGAGUAUUUUGAAAAGGCUGCUGAAAAUGACGAGGUUGGUGGCCAUUAUAACCUAGGUGUCAUGUUUCUCAAGGGGAUUGGAGUGAAAAGAGAUGUGCGGUUGUCAUGUAAAUAUUUUAUAGUGGCUGCCAACAAUGGUCAACCAAAGGCUUUCUACCAACUUGCAAAGAUUUUUCAUCUUGGUGUUGGCUUCAAGAAGAACGUUCCAUUGGGAUCCACGCUUUACCCUCGAAAGAAGGGAAACUUGUCGAAUAUCGAGGUAGUGUUGCAUCGUCAUAUGGAUGGGGAAACCACUGAAUAUGAAGAAUUAAGAGCUGAAAACGGUGUUUUUUCUCUCUCAAGGAGAGUUGAGGCUCAAGAGAGUUUGUCGGUAGCCAUAGAGGCUCACAAUAAGGAAGAUAUUGAAAAAUUCAGUAAACGGACAGUGAAGGUGACUAAAGAAAAUAAUCAAGCAUGCCAAAAACUUUUAAAACUCAUGGGAGUGCCCGUUGUUGAGGCACCCUCAGAAGCAGAGGCUCAGUGUGGUGCUCUUUGCAAAGUUGGAAAAGCAACUUCACAUCUGCUCCUCUACCGGAGAGGAUAG